AUGGUCCCUCCUCCUGUUCCUCCAAAGCCAUCGUCAGCAAUCAGCUCAAACAACGAGAAUAUCGACAAUAGCUCAUUUUCUGUUUCUGCUGCCAAGGCUCUUUUCGAGGCGGCCAAGAAACCGGAAAUACGGAACGCUGCAAUUGCAGCUGCCAAGAAUCCAUUUGUGCGACAAGCAGCCAAAAAUGUUGCACAAGAUGAGAAAGCUCGAAACGCAGUUCUGAAUGCAGUCAAAGAGCCGAAUUCUUCAAACAAAGUCACGGCGGCGUUUGCAGUGGCUGGUGCAAAUCGAAACGCAAAUUCGGCGCCACCACCACCGCCUCAUCGAGCAACAUCGAAUGAUACAAAACCGCAGAUAUCACCAGGAAAACUAAGCGGAGUACAUUCAGCUAUACGAUCGCAACUCGAGAAUUUGCAUCUCGGAGGGACAUCAAGUCGUUCUCCUGUGGCAAAUCCUGCACCCGCAUCAUCAAUACAUUCAUCAAAUCCACAAACUACGUCAUCAUUUUCGUCCUACCAAUCUAGCUCAUCCUAUUCGCCCGCUCCACCACCUCCUCCUCAUCACUCGACAAGAAGCGCACCUAUUUCAUCGGCAAUAACCUACCAAUCGAAUGCUCCGCACGGUAUUGCCCAAUAUUCUUAUUAUCCAGCGCAAUCUGAUGAAAUUUCACUGACUGUUGGAGAUAAAGUGUUGUUGAAAAAGAAAAUUGACGAUCAAUGGGUUUAUGGCGAAAACACAACGAAUGGACAAACUGGAAUAGUUCCGCUUGCUUAUUUGCAAGUCAUCGUUCCACUAGCUGAUGUUGCUCCGAGUUAUACGCAAACGGCUUCAUCUCAAAUCUAUGCAACCGCCAUAUACGACUAUAACAGUGGACAACCUGGAGAUCUUACGUUUUUCGUGAACGAUUCGAUUUUGGUUCAUUGUAAAAUUAACGAUGAUUGGCUGGAAGGAGAACUUCUUGGAAAUCGUGGAAUUUUCCCGAAAAACUUCGUAAAUUGUCCGAGAAUUGAUGAAUUGCAGUACAAAAAUCCGGCAGCGGUCUCUUUUUCACAGGAAAAAGUUGCUGCCGCUUAUGAUUAUUUUUCGGGAGUUGCUGACGACUUACAAUUCAGAGAAGGCGAUAUUAUUACUAUAAUCGAGCAUGUUGACAAUGAUUGGCUCAUGGGAGAACUCAACGGAAGAUGCGGAUUGUUGCCAAAAUCGUUUUUGGGGCCUCCAUAUGGUUCGCCGAAAAAAGUGAAAAAAGGAAUCGCCGAGAUUUCUAGCGCAUUCUCACCGAAAAAAGCAAUUGCAACCGGUGAUUAUCAUUCAGACGAUUCGAAACACUUAUAUGUGACAAAAGGAGACCAACUUCUAAUUGUCGAAGAUGUGGACGAAUACUAUUACAAAGGAAAAUUGGAAUCGUUCAAAACUCUACCAGCUGGAAUUCUGCCAAAAAAUAUCGUCAAAUUUGUUAAUUAA